AUGUUCGGAACUGCCAUGAUCAAGACGGCAGCGCUGCUGCUCGCCACUAGUGCAUCAGUUCUGGCUGCUCCGGCUAGACCAGUCAUUACACACCUUGGAAGCCAGGGUCCGAUAUUGUCUGGUGGUGUCAUGACCAAAGAUCUCGUCUACACGAGCGGCACGGUCCCGUCAAUCAACGGCACGAUUCCGGAGGGCAUCAGUGCACAGACUGACACUUCAACGACUACAAAGGCCACUGUCAUUAACAACAUCGCCGCCGUUCUCAGGGAGGCAGGCACGUCGUGGGAGUACGCACUCAAGACCACCGUCUUCCUGGCCAACAUGGACGACUAUGCAGCCAUGAAUGCCGUUUACAGCGAGCUACUGCCCAACCCCAAGCCGGCGCGGACUACAAUUCAAGCCGGAAAACUGCCAGGAAAUUUCCUGGUAGAGAUUGAGGCCGUGGUGGCGAGGCCACACUGUUGA